AUGGAGCUGCCGGCCGCCGGCGGGGGCCGGCGCACGAGCUACUCGCUGCUGUCCCAGUUCCCGGACGACGCGGCGGCCGCCGGGGCAUCCCCGGCCGUGCUGCAGCGCCAGUCCAGCGGCGGGAGCAGCUACGGCGCCGGGAGCUCCGUCUCGGCCUCCAGCGACUACCCGUUCCACCUGCCCCCGGCGGCCGCCGCGGCGGGAGGGGGAGGGGGAGGGGGCACGCCCUCCCCCUGCAAGAGCUGGGCGCAGCAGGCGGAGGAGACGUACCAGCUGCAGCUCGCCCUCGCGCUCCGCCUCUGCGCCGACGCCGCCUGCGCGGCCGACCCCGGGUUCCUCGACCCCGGCGACUCCGGGGGGUCCAAGAUGGGGGGCGGCGGCGGGGGCGGCAGCGGCAGCGGCAGGGCCUUCCCGCUCGCUCCCCCCUCCCCCACCGCCGAGGCCCUCUCCCACCGCUUCUGGGUAAACGGCUCGUUAUCAUACAGCAACACGAUACCGGAUGGGUUCUACUUGAUCCAAGGGAUGGACCCCUUUGUGUGGUCGAUGUGCACCGACGUGCACGAGGAGAACCGCAUACCCUCCGUGGAGUCGCUCAAGUCUGUCCGCCCCGACGAUUCUUCCAUCCAGGUGGUCCUCGUCGACAGGAGAGCUGAUUUCGAUCUUGGUAUGCUGGAGAACUACGCGUCCAGCUUUCUGUCCAGUUCCUCAGACAUGAAAGAUGUCAUAAAUCAGCUAGCCAAACUUGUGUCUUCCAGAAUGGGGGGUACAACCUCCAACGAAGAGAACUUGCUUCCACGCUGGAAAGAGAGCAGCGAGGCAAUCAAAUCAAGUGCAGGCUCUAUUGUGCUUCAUCUGGGGAAGCUGCCGAUUGGUCUCUGCAAGCACCGCUCUCUGCUUUUUAAAAUGUUAGCAGAUAAAGUCAACAUACCAUGCAGAUUAGUCAAGGGCUGUAAAUACUGUAAAGCUGAAGACGCUUCCUCCUGUGUCGUGCGUUUUGGGCUUGAAAGGGAAUAUCUGGUUGACUUAUUUGGGGCUCCAGGCCAAUUAUCUGAUCCUGAUUCUUUCGUCAAUGGUCCCUACUCGCUGUCGGUUCCAUCACCUCUCCGUCCACCAAAAUUUAGGUCAUUAGAGAUCACUUCAAAUUUCAGCUCAGUUGCCAAGCAAUACUUCUCAGACUGUCACUCGCUCAAUCUAUUGUUCAGUGAUGCAUCCACAGGUGCUUCUAAUGGUGCUGCAGUUGCUGUAGACCAAAUGUAUUCGAAGAAACAUGAUGCAGGGGACGGGAUUGCCAACAGCUGGGUGCCGGUGAAAGGGCAAGCAAUUGCGAACUCGGACAUUAUUCUGCCAGAAGCUCCUCGAGAGGUUUUGCCACUUAUGACACCGUCCAAUUUGACAGCUGAUAAAAAGAAAGAGUUUCAGUUGAUUGAGGGGAAUCAGUAUCUACGGAGUACUGUCAGUGAUCUGUCACUUGCUGUGGAUGAUCUGAUCAUUCCAUGGAGUGAGCUGGUUUUAAAGGAGAAGAUUGGAGCAGGUUCUUUCGGAACAGUUCAUCGUGCUGACUGGCAUGGAUCGGAUGUUGCUGUGAAGAUACUGAUGGAGCAGGAUUAUCAUCUAGAUCGCUUCAAGGAAUUUAUGAGAGAGGUUGCAAUAAUGAAAAGUCUGAGGCAUCCAAAUAUUGUUCUAUUCAUGGGUGCUGUUACUGAACCCCCAAACCUAUCAAUAGUUACGGAGUACUUGUCAAGAGGUAGUUUGUAUAAACUUUUGCAUAGGAGUGGUGCAAGGGAGGUUCUGGAUGAGAGACGCCGCUUGAACAUGGCAUUCGAUGUGGCGAAGGGAAUGAAUUAUCUACAUAGACGUAGUCCUCCUAUUGUUCACCGUGAUUUGAAAUCUCCAAAUCUUCUAGUCGACAAGAAGUAUACUGUGAAGGUAUGCGACUUUGGGCUUUCGCGACUAAAAGCCAACACCUACUUGUCCUCAAAAUCUUUGGCAGGAACACCUGAAUGGAUGGCACCUGAAGUGCUUCGAGAUGAGCCAUCCAAUGAGAAGUCUGAUGUCUACAGUUUCGCUGUAAUCCUUUGGGAACUUAUGACAUUGCAACAACCAUGGUGUAACCUGAAUCCUGCCCAGGUAGUUGCUGCUGUUGGCUUUAAAGGAAGAAGACUUGAAAUUCCGAAAGAGUUAAAUCCUCAAGUAGCUGCAUUAAUCGAAUCCUGCUGGGCAAAUGAGCCAUGGCGGAGGCCCUCAUUUGCUAAUAUUAUGGAAACUCUGAGGCCUUUAAUUAACAAGGUCCCGGUGCCGCAGUUGAUCCGUUCAGACUCAUAG